ACUCCUCCUCUUUUCUAGUCUCUGCUCUAGGACAUUUGUGCUGUACAUGUCUCUGACAUUCUCCCACGAUACCACUACCAGCAGUGUACGUAGUUUUUUUGUAGUUAGCAGUAGCAACCAUCCAGAUCCAGUACUUCUCUUAGCUUGCUAACAUGGAGGCACCUUGCGACUAUCAGCUGGCCGUGGCUGAUUACUGGGACGGGAGGCCGGCCAUGGAGCCAACUGCAUGGGUUGCUGGCCUCCCGUUGCAGAUGACAGUUGCUGCUCCUAGCAACAGCGAUCUGGUGGUCAGCUCCAGCGGACGGCAGCAGCUGAAGCAGGUUGAUGAAUACGACCACUAUGCGGUUCAAGUGUUCGAGCAAGCAGCAGAAUCACUCAAGGAGAGAGUGGAGGAGAUGGAGACAAAGAUGCACCUGUUCCCGCCAAGCAUGGGGGACCUCGCCGACGAGUACGCCGCCCCCAAGGUGGUGUCCAUCGGCCCCUACCACCACGGCCGGACCCCGGCGCUCCAGGAGAUGGAGAGCGUCAAGCACGCGGCCGCCUGCCACUUCGUCAAGGCCACGGGCCGCCCCAUCCAGGAGGUGUACUGGGCGGUCUGCACGGUCGCAGAGGAGGCCCGCGCCCACUACGACGCCGGCAGGCUGGGGGCUCUCGGCGACGACGACUUCAAGCCGAUGAUGUUCCUCGACGGCUGCUUCCUGCUGCAGUACAUGCAGUUUUGGUGCAGAGAGAGCGGCGGCGACGAGGACCCGGACAUGGAUCCGUCGCUGUACAACGCUUUCAGCUCCAUCGACCGCCCCAUCUUGAGUGACGUGGUGCUGCUUGAGAACCAGCUGCCAUGGGUGGUGAUUGACGCGCUCUUGAGCUUCUUGCCCCCGCCUGGCCUGGACAUGGAGACGCUCAUCGGGCGCGUGAAGCAGACUCUUCAGACCCGCCAGGUUCGUUAUUUCGAUGCUCCCAAGUUGGACCACACACCGCCGCAUCUCCUUGGCCUCCUACGACACCACAUCGUAGGAAGCAAUGAUACCAAGAAGUCCGAGCCGGAGCUGUCUGAAAGAGCCAAGGAGUUGUCCGUUUCCGUCAGCGCCAUGGAGCUUGCAGAGAUCGGCAUCGAGAUCACAGCCACCAAAGCUACCCGAGAGGGCGCGGAGCUAAGGAAUAUGGGCGUCCGUAGAUCGGCGUACCUGACCGGCGAGCUCUUCUUGGCGCCACUGUCCCUCAACGAUGCGAACGCGACCUUCCUGGUCAACAUGGCGGCUCUGGAGCAAUGCACCACCCCAGACUUUUUCGGGGAGGACGAGGAGAAGUCUGCCGUGUGCUCCUACCUCUGCCUCCUGGGCAUGGUGACGGACAGCGAAGAGGAUGUGCAGCAGCUGCGCAAGAAGGGCAUCUUGCAGGGAGGAGCAGGGCUGAGCAACAGGGACGCGCUCGACUUGCUCAACAAGCUCGAGAACCGGCUGCGGCCCGGAACCCACUAUCUGAGCACCAUGAUCCUCAUUCAGAACUACAAGACCGAUAGGUGGAAACGGAUCCAGUUUCACAAGUUUCAUUACAACCACCGGAAAGCCAUCUUCUUGACGUUCUCCGGCGUUGCUGGAUUUGCCAGUUUCCUCGGGACGCUCAAGUCGCUCAAGUAAGCUGCCCCUCCUGCGAUGAAGCGCGUGAUGUUUUGUGUAUGUUUCCUUUUCUUGCUAGGCUAGAAUUCUUGCUCUUGUUCCAACUGCUGAAUAGGUAAAUAUUUCGUGUAUUUGGCGCCCAUCUCGUAAACAAUAUUUGUAUCGGUUUUGCUGCCUGAAUUUCUUUAUCGGUCACCUUUUGCACGAGGACGGCAUGAGGAGCCCCAGCGACGAGUGCCGGCCACGGCGAGGCCAAGCCAUGUACGAGCGGGAGCCGGGGAUAGCCGGCAGGAGCGAGUCCGAAACUUAACCGGGAGUAGCGCCUUGUUUUAUCCAGCGCUACUGCUAAGGUUCUGUGUAUAAGGUUUUCCCUAGUAGUGUGCAGAGGGGGCGCCGGAGUUGCUCACCGCGGCGGAGUUUAGAGGUAUGGCCGGGGUGUCAGCCAGUACGGCGGUGGGAAGAAGUCGUGGAGAUG